AUGGACGAUCCAUCGAAACUUUUUCGACUUCCGGGAACAAUUGAGGAGGAAGAGGGAAAGGAGUUGGAGAAUCACAGACCGGGAGAAUCGCUGGAGAAAGUGGAAUCUCCUCUCUUGGGUCAAAAGGACGUCUUAACAAUUUCCAGUUUACCGAGAAACGUCACCCUCAUCAGAGUCAGCACUCAAAGCAGCAGCAUCGCCGGUGGUAUCGCUCGGCAGGAUUCUACCAGGAGCCGAUACCGGGCUGGACCGACGCGGAAGCUGCGCCGUCGUGCCGUCCUGAAGAAUGGCGAUUGCAACGUGUUGCAGUCGCGCAUCUCCCGACGAUCGCUGCGCUUCUUGCAAGACAUCUUCACCACCUUGGUAGAUACGCAAUGGCGUUGGACUCUUAUGUGCUUCAUCCUGAGCUUUCUUCUAUCCUGGUUAGGCUUCGCGAUGAUUUGGUGGCUGAUCGCAUUCACCCACGGUGACUUCGAAGAGCGCCACUUGCCACCCUUUCAGGUGGAGAACAAUUGGACGCCGUGCGUCUAUAAUAUCUUUAGCUUCACCAGCUGCUUUCUCUUCAGUAUUGAGACCCAGCACACCAUUGGAUACGGUAGCCGUUCCACUACCGAAGAGUGCCCCGAGGCUAUAUUCGUGAUGUGCAUACAAAGCAUCUCUGGUGUCAUGAUCCAAGCUUUCAUGGUAGGCAUCGUAUUUGCCAAGAUGACAAGACCAAAGCAGCGUACUCAAACUUUAUUAUUCUCGCGAAAUGCCGUGAUCUGUCAACGGGAUGGCGAGCUCUGUCUCAUGUUUCGAGUGGGCGAUAUGCGGAAGAGUCACAUAAUCGGUGCGAGCGUUCGAGCUCAGGUGAUUCGCAGUAAAACGACCAAAGAAGGUGAAGUUCUAUCUCAACAUCAACAAGAAUUGAUGGUGGGCACUGAUGGUGAAAACGGCAAUCUAUUCUUCAUCUGGCCGACCAUCAUAAUCCAUCGGAUUAAUGAGUCUUCGCCCUUCUAUAAUAUGUCUGCCGAGGAUAUGUUAAUCGAACGUUUCGAGGUCGUCCUGAUCCUAGAGGGUACUAUCGAAUCUACUGGACAAACUACCCAGGCCAGAUCGAGUUACCUCCCACAGGAGAUUCUAUGGGGUCAUCGUUUCGAUCCCAUGGUGAGCUAUUCGAAGGAGCGGCAAGGUUACGAAGUGGACUAUUCGCUGUUUAAUAGUACUACUCAAGUUGACACUCCGCUUUGCUCGGGCAGGGAACUUGCAGAGUUUUACAGAGUGCAGGAUGACUUACGUCAUGGAACUGAUGUCCUAAUCGAUGAGGAUCAUUUAAUGAGGGAACAAUAUUGCUGCAAUUGUCACUUGACCAAUCAGCAACAUUUAUUCUCUCUCAAGCCUUUGGAUUGCAUUAACAGCUACAAUAGAGUGGAAAACAGGUAUCCUUGGAGAUAUACCUGUAAAUAUUCAAAUUGUACCUUACAUAAUUCUCAAAGCGAAGGCAUUGAUCAACCCAAAGUAUUCGAUUUUGAUCCUAAUGCCAUUCAAAUCAUAGAAAACGAGGAACUUCAGCAAAUGCCGGAAACAAUAAACAGAUUGAAGAAGAAACAGGUUUUUGAACAGAAAAAAGAUUUAAAAAAGAAAAAUUUAAUUCGAUUGAAUAAAGAAAAAGUAAGACUGUUAAAGAAUAAUCAAGAAAUAAUCUCUAAAAGAAGAGAAAAAAAUUUUUUAGAAAGCACUCUAAUUGAAAUAAAUGAUAAAAAUACUGAUAUUCUGAAAAAUAGCCAAAAAAUCAAGGAGACAGAAAGAGUCUUAGAAAAGAAACUAAUCAGAUCGAGUGAAAAAAAGGAUGACAUUCUUGAAAAUACUCACCAGAUCAAUGAAAAAGAAGAGCUUGCUCUCGUAAAAGAAAGUGAAAGCCGCAAAAAUAGCAACCAUCAGAUUAAUUAUCCUCUAUACAAACCUGAAAGAAUGCACAAUAAAAGAUGUCAGCUAACCGCAUUGAUAGAUCAACAAAAAAUGAAGAAAAAUAUUUCUUUUAACGGGAAACAAAAAUCUCCAAAAGAGAUUGAUAAAAGUUUGGUCGAUAAUUUUUUCAUAAUAAAUGAUAGAAGAUCCUUUAGGGAAUUCAGAGAAAACGCAAUCAAUUGCACGAAAAAUGUCACAAUAAUGGAGGAAGAUAGAAAAUGUUUGAACAAAAUUAAAAAAUAUCCUAUAGUAUCCCUAAAUCAUUUAAAUGACAGUCUAAUUUGUCGUCAGAGAUUGGGUUAUGAUUUACGAUUUAGAUGGGAAAAUGGCAGUGAUAACAUCAGUAUUGAGAACGAAAAGACCAUGAAAUCUUUAUCGCACUGUCCUCCUAAAAUAACGAUACAACAUGAACUUGAUUCUAAUGAUAUUUGCUCGCUGAUUUCUCCAGCUUCCAAUUUCUCAUUCGAAUCAGGUUUUUGCGAAGAAAGUCCUGAUAGCAGCUGUAGGGAAUCUUGCUUGUUUGCGAAAAGCUUGAAAAAAAUUAAUAAAAAUAUGGAGAGAGAAGAUAACAAUUCGUCAUAAAAUUAUUUGAUGCAAAAAAUGUAAUUAGUUAUGUAGAUAAUUUAAAAAAAGUAUGCUAAAGCUCAGAUUGUUUAGAAGAAAUUAUUAUAAACAAUAAUAUUUAGGCUGCAAGACAAUCAUAAAAUGAAGAAAUGUAAAUGUUCAAAUACAUUAUCGAGAAAAUUGGUUAGUAAAAUUAAUGACGUAAAGAAAUCUUCUACAAAUUGAAAAAUGAACGAAAAGAACAACAGUAUGUUGAUUUAAAAUAUUGACAAGAUUGAAAAAAACAGUUUUUUCAAUGCAUAAGUAAUUUAUUUAAGUUUUUAAUUAUCUAGAAUAUCUAAUGAUGUUAUUGCUCUUGAGGAGCAAAUUCUCCAUAGUAUAAAAAUGCAGAAAGAAAAAAACUGUAAAGAUUUUUUGGACAAUAUUAUAUGAGAAUUUAGUUAAUGCUACUUUUAAUUAUUUGAAAUAAUAGUCUCUUUGCUGAAGAACAAAUUAUUUACAAAAAUCUAGAAAAAUGAAAAAUAGAAGAUAAACUCUGAAUUAUUCAAAUAGUAAUAAUAUAUCUUGUGAAAAUUUAGCUAAUGAUAUAAUCAAUUACAUGAUUAUGCGCGACAGUAUGAUAAUGCCUGUUAUUGAAAAUAAAGUUGUAUAUAACAAGAGCAAUGUAGUAAAAUUAAAUGAUGCAUAUGAUGCGCAUUUAGGGGAGUGUAGUCGAUAAUAAGAUGUUUUACGAAAAUUAAAUUAACAUUUUUAUAAAUCAAGAGAAGAUGCUAAGAUAUCAAUUAUUAAGAAAUAAAUCAUUUAUGUUUGAUAAAAUGCGAAUAAAUUUACGAAGCAACAACUUUAUUUUCAAAACAAGUGAUGGAUUAAACUGCUGGUCGGUUGGUCAUUAUUGCAUAUUAAAUUAAAUCUUUCCGAGAAAGAAGUUUUAUCGAAGAAAAUAUUAAUAAAACAAUUAACAUUAUAUUUCGAAUGUUAUUUAGUAACAAUAAAUGUAGACCAAAUUUUAAAAGUUAUUUAUUGCUUAAAAAUAGGAAUACAUUGUAUAUUCUAGAUUAAGAAAUUUGUAUAUAUAUUACAGUCUUCUUGUAAUUAAUUAAAUUAAUAUAUAAAAGA